AUAAUAGUCGAAGGCAACCAGUUGGCGAACAAAGGCCAGUAUGAAGUUGCCAUUCUAGAAUUUUCAAAAGCCAUACAACUGGACCCCACCGAUUUUCGGUUUUUUGGUAACAGAUCGUUUUGUCAUGAAAGGCAGGGUGCUUUUGAAGAGGCCCUCAAAGACGCCACUGAAGCCAUAACGUUGGCCCCCGAGUGGCCCAAGGGCUAUUUCAGGAAGGGGAAAGCUUUAGCUGGCAAAAAAGCAUUCGUGGAGGCUGAAGAGGCUUAUCUGCAAGUACUUAGGCUAGAUGCCAAGUGCCCAGAUGCUAAAUUAGAACUUAUCGGGGUCAGAGUUCAACAGCUGAUGGAAAUGGGAUUUAAAAAGCAUCAGGCUGCCUGCGCCAUACAGCAAUGUGAGACUGUACAAGCUGCGUUGGAUUGGUUGCUGAGUAAUCAAGCCUCUGAUGCUUCUCUUAGAGAUUCAAUAUCAUCGAACGACGACGACGAUGACGUCAUCGAUCUCGCCGCCCUUCAACAAAAACAACAGCAUCAUCAACAGCAAUCUCAACAACAGCAGCUGCAGCAACAACAGCACUUUGUGAAAUCUAGUAGCAACAAAGCUGAUAGUAACAACAAUACAACUGCAUCUACAACUGCAGCUACUUCUACAACCACUACAAAUACUACUUCUACUGCCAGUAGUAAACAGCAGAAGCAGCAACAGAAGCAACUUCAAAAGCAGCAACAGCAGCAACAACCGCUGCCGCCCAUACCACAACAUCAUUAUGAGCAAGCUCAGAAACAGAUUUUGAUGAAUAAGCAACAAGAUGUUGUUAAAAUGAAUCCUAGAAAUCCAGAAGGUCUGACUUCACUCUGGGUGGGUAAUGUUUUGCCUGAAGCCAAGCAAGAAAACCUCAUCAAGUUAUUCUCCAAGUACGGUCAGUUGCAGAGCGUGAAGUGCAUACCUGAAAAAUUUUGCGCAUUCAUCAACUUCGUCAAUAAGGAAUGCGCGGGUAAAGCUAUGGAGUGUUUGCAGGGGGCGGAUCUACUGGGGCAGAAGUUGUUGAUAAAGUUUCCAGAUCACCCAGUCAACGGGGAGAAAAUUAUUAAGAGGUACCAACAGCAGCAGCAGCAGAGGACCUCGGGACCGGUGAACGGUGACGAGUGCUACUUUUGGCGUACCACAGGCUGCCAGUUUACCGGCACCUGCCGAUACAAACAUGUACCUGACCACAAGGGUAUCGAUAAGAAACCCUGGCAUAAGUCCAAAUAG